AUGGCCCCCCUCCCGCACGCGACGCUCUUGCGUGGCGGCCUGCCGCUUGGGGGCCCGUCUUUUCGGGGCUGCGCUCGUUUGGGGCCCUCGCAGCCCCUCCGGGGUCUCCCUCCGAGUCGGUCUCUUUGCUCCGCAGGCGUCGCGGCCAUGAAGCUGAAAAGCCCGCCCGUGAACAGCUUGAGCCUGGACUUCCUCACCGAGUUUUGCAUAAGCCUGGAAAAACUGGAGAAUAACAAGGCCUGCCGAGGUGUCAUCCUGACUUCGGCUGUGCCCCAGAUUUUCUCGGCCGGGCUGGACAUCACCGAGAUGUGCGGCAAGAGUGAAGAGCAUUAUGCAGAGUUCUGGCGGGCGGUGCAAGAGAUGUGGCUGACUCUCUACAGCUCCAGCAUGGUCACCAUUGCGGCGGUCAACGGGUCCAGCCCUGCAGGGGGAUGCUUCAUGGCCAUGUCAUGUGACUACCGGAUCAUGGCCGAGAAUCCCAAGUACAGCAUUGGUCUGAAUGAGACCCAGCUGGGCAUCGUGGCCCCGUUCUGGUUUAAGGACACGAUGCUGAACACGGUCGGCCACCGUUGCACAGAGCGGUCCCUUCAGCUGGGGCUCCUCUACUCUCCCCGAGAGGCCCUCAAGAUCGGCCUCGUCGACGAGUUGGUGCCGGAAGAGAAGAUCCAGAACGUCGCUGGGGAGACCAUGGGCCAGUGGCUGGCGAUUCCAGAUCACGCCCGCCAGCUCUCCAAGUCCUCCCUGCGGAAGCCGACGGUGGACCGCCUGCUGGCGCACCGCGAGGCCGACGUCCAGGACUUUGUGCGCUUCAUCUCCAGGGACUCGAUCCAGAAGUCCCUCCAGGUGUACAUGGGGAUGCUGAAGCGGAGGAAAGCCUGAGGGGAGGACCGGCACACCCACCCACCCACCUACCCACCCUGGGGCCCUGCUGGGCCUGGCCUUCCCACCCUCCUAGAUUUUGUGUGGCGUUCAUGCUGGGCUCGGAGGAUCCCGGAGUUCAGAUCGGGGCCAACGGGGAUGGGGGUGGCUGGGCCAGGGGAGGGAGGGGCCAGGGUGGGCCCCUGCCUGUCUCCUGCUUGUAUCCCUGGGAGAGAAGAAACUUUGCCGACACUGAGCUGUUAAUAAAUGGUUGGAAACGGAGA